GUGAGGAGCGGCGCCGCCAUGAUCCCUCCGUCGCAGCUGCCGUCAACGGACUCGCUGGACGGGCUGACGGCCGCCACCCCCGACUCCGACCCGACCAACCUCGUGUGCAGCCUCAAGUGCGCGGGCGGGCGCUGCGCCCCGCACUGCGCGCAGCGCUUCGCCACCGCGCGCUGCUACGUCACCCUGCUCGUCCUGCUCUUCCUGCUGCUGGGCGUCGUGCGCGGCUACAUCGGCGGCCUGGCCUUCCUCGUAGGAGACCUCUUCGGGUUGCCCGAUGUCGCCGUCGUGGGCUCUCAGCGCCUUUGCAUGUGCUCCGAUCCAGAGCUGCUGCUGGUGGGCGCGGAGACGGCGCAGGGCUUCUCGUCCAUGCUGGUGGCGCACUGGGGCGCGCGCGGCCACCGGCCCUCGUGGCUGGGCGCGCCGGCCUUCCUGCACGCGGGCGCCUGCUUCGCCGCGCUCGUGCCCUUCGAUUUCGCUCGCCAUGAUGUCAUGAGCGAAAAGCGCUCGGCCGAGAAAACCGAAGAUCUGAUGCACGGUACUAAGAACUCCCAGUUGAAAUUCAAUUAGUACUUGUGCGAACUAGUCGCGCCAAUGCACGAGACAAAUGAGGUGGAGACGUGCUGGACCACGCUGGUGGUGCUGGUGGCGGUGCAGCUGACGGCGGGCAUCGCGUGGGCAGCGCUGCUCACGCACGGCAUCGCCUACCUCGACGACAACGUUGACUCCGAGGACAGCCCCGCGCUCUUGGGCGGAGUGCUGGGUGCUGACCGGCUUGGCCCUCCUAUCGGACAGGUGUUGGCCUUCGUCUGCGCCUCGAGAACUGGCGACGUGACAGCUGGAGGCGAAGUCAGCAAAAUCUGGUGGCUUGGUCUGUUUUCCACAGUUAAAAGGUUACUGAAGAAUCCGAUUGUUGGGCUUUUAACACUGUUUCUCAUGUUCCUGUACGCGCCAUUGCAUUUUUUCUCCCAGUACGAAAAUCGCUAUCUUGAAUCAGUGUACUUUAUCCCAGAGCCCGAAUACAGUGGUGGAGUGUUCAAGGAUCAAUGGACAUCAAGAGUCACAACAGCAUUUCUAAAACCACCAAUUAUAUUAAUGACAAUGCUGCUUUCUGGAAUGAUAAUUGCCAGAAAACGCCCUAGACCAUCUUCUUUAGCAAUGUGGAAUGUAGUUGUAGCUUCCCUAACAGCUGCAACAUUUUUUACAUUUAUAUUUCUAAGCUGUCCUGUUCACAUAACAGGAAUGACUGAUGGAAAGUACGUAGCUUUUGGAAUUAUUUUUAGACAUACAGUUGGCAGGUCCAUGCUAACGCACGGGCUCAGAGUCCCCAAUGUCCAAGAACUCCCAAUAGGUCUUAGAAAAUAUUUAGUACUAAUUUUUUUCAAAAAAUAAAAUAAAAAACCAUAUGAAUAAGUGAUCAAUGAUUAAAAUACACGCAACAAAUUGGCAAAACAGAUUCAUGUGUUGCGCAUCAUUAGAUAUAUAUUAUACAAAAUGUUGCUGGUUGAUGUGAGAAUGUCACUCAGUGAAGAGAAGUUGAUUAGUUAGUUUAUUUUUUUUUAACUAAACGUGUCUUUAAAUUGGGGCGUGUGUGAAAGUAAGAGUAGGGAAACCCUCAAAUUAAUGAAGGCCCAAGGAUCAACAAUGCUGUUAAAACAGCCUUGAUAGUUGGAUAAAGUUUACCUUGCGCACUUUCUCAGAAGCUCUCGAGUAUUUCGUUCAUCUUAUGUCAUCUGGCGAUAAAAGUGCCAAUCUACUUUAAUGAAGGGAAGCCAGAUAGAAAUAUUCCUACCAAAAAAUUAUACAGAAAAUCACCAUAUUGUAAGUCUGGUUUUCAUAGCUUUCAAUUUUCUACAAUAGCAUUGUUCCCCGACUUCAAAAUCGCACACAAUUGUCAAUUUAUGGUCGUCACCAUCAGUUUAUAUUAUUUUCUUUUUUACAGAACAAAAUGUAUAAUAUUUUUCACAUUUUUUCACAAGAAAUUAAAUUAUGUUCUGUGAAGAUUACACUAUAUUUAUUUGAUGUCAGUUCCAGAUGAAAGAAUUUAAGACUAAUAAGUUGGAAUGUAAGUUGAUUGCAACUGUAACUUCUUUUUCAUUUUCGUCAUUACCUUUAUUUUUAUAAGGAAACUUUCAAGUUUCAAGAGAAAAAAUACACAAAUGCCAGCAAGUAAUAAGUAAAUUUCAUCCUAUAUUUUUCUCAAUUGUUUAUACAUACCUACCCUUUUAUGAGAGUAUUGUAAUAUGGAGCCGUCCAUAAAUUACAAAACGCAAAUGUGGACUAUUUUGAAUACUCCCUCUCCCCCGUGUAACACACCUGUAAUGUGCGAUUGAACUAAAUAAUUAUAGAAAGCUUCUGACCUCCCCGUAAAUGAAAGAAGUGAAAAUACAUUACAGCCCAGUAAAAGAAAUGUAUUCAUUUUCUGUGAGGUGUCUUAAAAUUUAUGUUUAUUAAUAAUUAAAGUCAGAAUUAGUUGUCGAUGCUGACUGCACCUAACAAUAAGAUUGAGGGCAAAUUUUGAGUGAAGGAGGA